GAUUGAAAAGGGCUAUAUAAUGCUCAGUACAAUAUAAAGAGACAGUGCAAUCAUUUGCAUUGAGCCCUUUUUUUCUGCUGGUAUUAAAGACCUAAUACUUUAAAAAGGAUGUACAAAGAGAUCUUCCUCUGUGUAUUCUUUGCUGCAAUCGCUGCAAAAUCAAUGGCACAGCCCACAGCCACUGAAAAUAUGUCCGAACGAUAUGGUCGAGGAAUGGCAUCUAAAGCAGGAGCGAUUGCAGGAAAACUUGCAAAGGUUGCCAUUAAAGCUGCUCUUGGACGUCGUAACGCUUGGGACCAUGAAGAUGCUAAGAGAAUGGCUCCGCGUUUUACCAUGUUACCUGAAAAUGAUAGAAAAAUAAAACAAUUUCUCCCGGGUAAACCAGGACGGUAAUUGGCUGAACUUGGUUGGACAGUUUUUAACAUUGAUGCACCAAAGAAUAACGUGAAUGGUCUGAACCCCCACCCUAAACCUAUAAAAAUAAACUCCUGUUGCUGAAUAGAAGAAAUAAAGGGACCUAUAUGCAUA